AUGUACUUGGAUAUCGGUAAGUGGUGCUCUCACAGGUCAAAGUUUUUGAGAGCGAUUAUUCCAAUUUUCAUCAUGAUCGUUCUCACCAUUUUCUUAGUUAUUGAGCUCCGUUCUCCUGGCCCAGUCAAAUCCGCUGAAAAUACCAAAAAACAGAUAAAUGCUACAUACGGCCUUGUUGCCUUUCUCUUCUGCUACAUCUUCGCAGAACUUCCAUACGUUUUCCUUUUUGCUCUUGGUCUUAUAAAUCCAUCAGAUUUCGUACCGUUCCACAACUUUUUUGAAAGUCCGAGAAGAUGCAUUUUUUUUUUUGAAAUUUUUUUCUGUUCUAAAUUUUUUCAGCACUUUUUUUUUGAUUUUAAGUACCAAUUUGAUAAGAAAACUUCUGAUUUCCAGUCCAAGUGCCCAGUUGCCAACACGAAAAACUCGCACAGCGCCAAUGCACGAGAUAUGCGCCAGGCUGGCGCACCUCUUGCGAAUACUUUCUUUGACGUUUCCUUGCUUCUUCCACUGAAAUUCAAGAUAUUUCCAUGA